AUGUGUCAAUCUUGCGCACCUAAAGUGAACGGUAUAGCCGCUACCGCCGUCGAAUCAGGCCCCCUCCCCCCUCUUAAAUCGCAAUACGUGGUCAAGUACGACCCCGAGCGAGUUUUCCAUGCUCCAGAGUACAAAGUCCUGCAAGAUGGCGAUGAUGAGUUGUGGAAUGGCAAGAGCAAUAUCGCUUGCGCCUAUGAUGAGAAACAUGAUAUCAAGAUGAUCAACAAACCCAUCCCCAAGGCAAGAGAGGGCGAAGUCGUCAUUCGAGUCAGAGCUACCGGUAUUUGCGGAUCCGACGUACAUUUCUGGAAACACGGUCAAAUUGGUCCUACGAUGAUAGUAGAGUCCACCUGUGGAGCCGGCCACGAAUCAGCAGGAGAGAUCAUUGAGCUCGGCGAGAAUGUCACGCAGUGGAAAGUCGGAGAUAGAGUCGCGAUUGAAUGUGGAGUUCCGUGUGGUCAAGCGAAUUGUGAUAUGUGCAGAACAGGCCGAUACAAUGCUUGUCCCCAAGUGGUUUUCUUCUCCACACCUCCAUACCACGGUACGCUCACCCGAUUCCACGCCCACCCCGCUGCCUGGGUGCACAAGCUUCCCGACAGUCUAUCCUACGAGGAAGGAUCCCUGUGUGAGCCCUUGGCAGUAGCUUUGGCAGGUCUGGAGAGAGCCAACGUCAGACUAGGAGAUCCCGUAGUCAUUUGCGGUGCGGGACCUAUCGGUCUAAUCACUCUCUUAGCAGCAAGAGCAUCAGGCUGUCACCCGAUCGUGAUCACAGACUUGCAGGAAUCCCGACUCGACUUCGCCAAGACUCUCAUCCCGACCGUUAGAACAUGCAAGAUUGAGCGAGCGUGGUCACCCCAGGAAACAGCUGGCGAGAUCAAGAAGAUCUCUGGAACCAAUAUCAAGUUUGCCCUGGAAUGUACGGGUUUCGAAAGCUCCAUCACUGCUGCUAUCUACUCCGUGGUGUUCGGCGGUAAAGUCUUCGUAAUUGGAGUCGGACCAUCCGAGCAGAAAUACCCCUUCGGAUACUGCUCGGCCAACGAGAUCGACCUGCAAUACCAAUACCGAUACGCGAACCAGUAUCCCAAAGCCAUCCGACUGGUCGAAGGCGGUCUGAUAGAUUUGAAACCUCUGGUCACCCAUAGAUUCCCGUUGAACAGGGCGGUGGACGCUUUCCACGUCGCGGCUGAUCCUUCGCAGGGUGCUAUCAAGGUGCAAAUCCAGGAUCUGUAG